GUGCUGUAUUUUCGUCACUGGAAUGCCUCGGUGCCUACGACUGCGCGUCUGGUUGUAGACCGCGCCCCGAACCCAUCCCCAAAGGGCAGCGGCUCCUUCAUGCCUAUGAUGCAUUCCACUUCCUCUUCAGCUUUACGAACUUCUGCCCUUGAUUCUGUUUCAAUCAUCCCAAACACUGUUCACUUGGAAGCCUACCUAUGUACAAUGUAUGGCCCAUACAAAGAAACUUUGCAUCCUCACAUUCCCCGCCACCACAUCCAAGUCUGUAUGCCCCUCAGCCUCCCAGAUAUCUGUUCUCUUAUUCGUUAUAAGCCGGCAUGCUCCCAACUACCACCUGUGCAAAUUUCAAUGUUACUGGUUUGCCAGCACUAUCUGGGAGACCAUAAAACAGCUCUUCCCAGGCUAUACCGAAACUGCCUGGAACCGUGGGCGCUCUCGCUGUCAUGGGGUUAAAGUGGACAAGGCAGACAGUGUGGAGGUCGUGUGCAGGAAGUACACUGAUGAGUGGACACGCUUCGAAAACGAAGCAGAGUAUACCAGAGCACAGCAGGUGAGCCAUUUGUGGAUCAGGGCUAAGAUAUUGACAUUGUGAUUCUUCAGAUACUAUGGAAUGCGAAGCUUCUGGUUCUUAGUCUGGGUCUUAAGGCGAAGGGUUUGGCUUAGUGUCUGGCUCCACAUCUUGGCACCUUCGACAGUCAGUAUUUUUUCGAUGAUCUGUGGUCCUUGUCUGUACUACAAGUGAUUGCCGCUGCGCGGCUCGUC